AUGGCCAACCUGGCACACAGCGCUUGGACGCUGGGCUUGUUUAUCUUGGGUCUGGUGCUUGCUUGUUCGGCGGUGGAAGGGCCACAGGCCAUCACCAUCAACGAUGCCAAUUUCGAUAGCGUGAAUCUCGGCGAGGGCGAGGGUCAAUCCAGCGCUGUCGCUCAGCUGGACUGGACCACCUCUGGCACCGCUCUGGAAGUGCUCAAUCCCGAGUCGCCGAGCUUUUUUGGCCCCAACUCAGCGCACUCGGGCAACAAUUAUGCCUACUUUGCCGCCUCUGAAUCAAACGUUGCUUCCCAGGUCCUGGCAACCACUUUUGCCGCCAACAUGGAGUACAACCUCACCAUUCAGCUCGGCAUGUCCUCGGUCUUCACGUCGGGUGAUCUUGGGACCUUUUCGCUCCAACUGCGUGCUGGCUCCAGCUCUGGUGCUGUAGUGGCCACAACCACCGUCGAUAACAGCCAGAUUCCCAGCAACAGCUUUGCCUCCUUUAUGCUCACCCACAAUACCGACGACGUGUCGACGGAGAUUGGUGACGACAUCGUUGUGGCCUUGGUCAUUGACAGCAGCGGCUUUUCGCCCGCCUUUGACUCGCUAACACUCAUGGCGGCUUCCAACCUUGGACCCACAACCACCUCCACCACCUCGACCACCACCACUUCAACAACAACCACUUCAACGACCACCACCUCGACGACUACCUCCUCGACCACGUCUACUUCUACCACCACAACAUCAACGACCACCACUUCGACGACCACCUCUUCGACCACGACCACGACAUCGACCACAACGACCUCGACCACAACCACUUCCACCACGACGACCACAACGACCACGACGUCGACCACGACGACCACCACCACGACGACCACCACCACGACGACGACCACCACGACGACAACCACCACGACGACAACCACGACGACGACAACCACCACUUCCACAUCCACCACUUCCACAACCACUACUUCCACAUCCACGACCACCACAUCGACCACCACCACAACCACUACGGCCGAGUUUUGUGUGGGAGUCGAGGACGCCAGCUUCGAGGCUACGACCUUGGAGGGCCCAACGGCCCCGUUCUCAGGCGUUGGCACGAAUUGGGACUUUGAUAUGCGCGGAUCGCCCGCGGUCAUUGGAAGCAGCUACUCCAGUGCCGUCAAUGCUGCCAACCAGGAUGGUACCAAGUCUUUGGGCUAUCUCGAUGCCACCAACUCGUCUCGUGGCGUUUGGUAUGACGUUCCAGGCCAAACCUACGAUGAAGGUUUCAUUUAUGUGCUCCGCGCCCACGUCGGCGUCUACAACGCGAGCAAUCUCGAGUCCUAUUUGGAGCUACAGUUUCGCAACCAAAACAACAACCCCAUCAUAUCUCGCCUUCCACUGGGGCUGAGUGAUACGAGCUUUGAGCCCGUGGAGCUGACGCUCCCGAUGCCGACCGGCGACAAGCACCUGGGCCAACCUGUUCGCAUCGCCUUUUCCUAUCUCCUGCCGGGUUUGACCCCGCAAAUUGACCGUGUGCAGGUUUGCCGUAUCCAUGCGCCCGAGCUCAUCGUGACCACCACCACCACCACCACCACCACAAGCACCACCACCACAAGCACCACCACCACAAGCACCACUACUACAUCAACGACCACAACCACAACAUCGACCACGACCACGUCGACGACAUCGACGACCACAACAUCCACCACCACCACCACCACCACCACGACAUCGAUUCGCUUCGGCUCCUUGAACAACGGUGGGUUUGAGAGUCCGGUGGCAGAGUCCAGUGGCAUCACUUGUGAGACGCCGGACGCGUGGCAAACCGACGCCAAUGGCGGCUUGUCCUCGUUUCCAAUUGUGCGUCAGGUGGGCGCUGGCCAAUACCCCACUCCGGUCGAUGGGAGCCAAAUGAUCUUUAUCGACAAUGUGGCCACUUCUGAGAAUGGCUUGUGGCAAGACUUGCCUGAGCUGUAUACCCCUGGUCAAACGUACCGCUUCAGCAUCUACUUGGGGCGCAGCGGCCUCGAUUACACCGUCGUCUCGCUCGAGUUUCGAGACGCCUCCAAUACGGUACUGGAGUCGACGACGGAACUAACGCUGGCGUUGACGAUGGGCACCUUUACUCAGCGGUCAGUGGAAUACACCCCAGAGUAUGGCGCGAGUGAAGUGGGCUCGCCCAUCCGCAUUGGUCUGCGCUUCUCGGGUCUCAAGGGCACGGGCGCCCUGCUUGAUGGGGCCGAGGUGCAGUUUGUUGGGCGCCAGGAGCUGACCACCUCAACUACCUCGACCACAACGACAACCACUUCCACCACUUCCACCACAACCACCUCAACCACGACGACCACUACAACCACCUCCACGACGUCCACGACAACCACUACAACCACCUCCACGACGACGACCACCACCACUUCGACGACCACCACUUCGACGACCACCACGACAUCAACCACGACGACAUCAACCACGACGACAUCAACCACGACGACGACCACAACUUCGACGACGACCACCACUUCCACCACGACAACGUCCACGACCUCUACCUCCACCACUUCUACGUUUGUUCCGACCAUGUUCUUGGAAAUUGGUGAUCUGGAGUAUCGCGUGAUUGAUGAUGAGGAGUUGUCAUGGUAUGAGGCCAACGCGCGGUGCGAGGCUAGCUUCAACGGGAGUCUGGCCAUCUUCCACACGCAAGCCCAGUACGACGGGCUCAACGCUUUGGCCGAUCUUGUGUCCAACCGCAAAGGUUUGUGGAUUGGGUAUGCAUACAGCUUUCUGGCCAUGGGGCCGGUUGAUGUGGAGGGAGCAAGUUUGGCCAGUGGCGUGUCCUUUGAUUAUGAGGGUUCGGCCGUGGGUGGCACAGAUUGCCUGCAGCUGCGGCGUGACGAAGACGCCGUGCAAUACCGGCGGUGCGACAAGACGCGAGCCUACAUUUGCUCACGCCCAUCUGACCCUCAUGUCUUUGUGUCCACCUCGUCGCCGUCAACAUCGUCAUCGUCAUCGUCAUCGUCAUCGUCAUCGUCAUCGUCAUCGUCAUCGUCAUCGUCGUCUUCAUCGUCGUCUUCAACGACUUCAUCCUCUUCAACGACUUUAUCCUCUUUGGGCUCGACCAGCGCAUCUUCGUCUGUGAUGGAUAGCACCACUGGUGCUUUGUCCUCAUCGUCUACCAGCCUGCCAGGAACCUCAACGGGUGGUUUGAUCUCCACCACCACCACCACCGUGUCCAGUUCGACUGCGUCCCCGUCUUCGACUACGUCAGCCAGUACGACGACCCUUCCGGUGGGGACAUGUGGACCACCAAAUGCGUUUGCGGGCAAGCAGUACUUUUUUUCGCCAUCGUCAGAUCGCCGCCGCUUUAACAACGCGCGUGAGGCCUGCUUGGCUCUGGCACCCGUCGGGCAGUGGACGGUGGCCAGCCUGUUGUCGUCAGCCGAGUUUGAGUUUGUGGCCAACUACUCGUUUCACACUUCGAGCAAUGCAGAUUUUUUCGUGGGCGGUUACCACACGGGCGCGGGCGUCGUGCACUGGUAUGAUGAUAGCGUCUUCACCAACUGGAAUGCACCGGGCAUCUUGCCGUGGAACAAUGGCGUUGUACCCAGUAGCACCGGCUGCCUGGCGCUCAACGUGCGCGACAAGUUUGACAAUCAAAUUGCCGAACUGCAGCCCAUCAGCUGCAGAAACUGGCGGUAUGUGUCUUGUCUCCUCUCUCCCCUGGCGAUGUGUUGUCACAAUGAAUGCAAUCUCUCACUAGACGUGUUUUGUUCUCGCUGUUGCCUGGCGGUGCAGGUCUUACAUUUGCAAGCGUGA